GCGUCUGAAGCGCUUCUUGCUAUCGAGAUUGCUGGGCAGGUCACCCAAGCCUCGGGACGGGAGGGAAGGGUCGAGCGGGGUGCUGAAGAGCAGGAGUUCGGGUAGGAGGGAGAUAACGAGCCCUGCCGAGACGUCUCAAGAGCUGGUCUGGCACAACCACCAGCCUGCGGAUGCUCCGCGCAGCCAGGCCGAGGUGGUGACCGUUUGCGAGAGCAGAAGGCCUCUUUCUGCUCUGGAUCUUCCCCUGGACCACCCCCAUGCCCACUUUCUGCAACCGGGUGACAUUCCGACACGUCCGGCAUCGAUGGUCCUCCCCGGUCAGUCUUCUGUCCACAGCUCUCACGACAUGCUGCACCCGUACUCCUAUACCCACUCAAACGGGUCGAAGGCAUCCAACGUCUCGACUGACGUCCAUUCAACAAACGAUGUGGCACAUGUUCGCGGGAGACACCUCGGUGUCGCGCAUCCUCGUCCGGAAGGCCGCCCUACGUCCCGGGCGGCCGCUCGUGGCAUCUCACGUGUAGCCUCGAGGGCACCCUCGCGGGCCACAUCGCACUCGAGAACAUCCAGGGCUCCUUCCAGGACCCCAGGUCCUUCUGUCGUCGACCUGUCGAUAAUGCCACCACGCUCUCCGGGUCCAGCGCAUCCACAACUGCCAUCUUCACCCUCUUCUCCGGACCGGCAGACGAUCGGCAGUCGACAGUCGGUCGUGCUUGCUGGUGACAUUGCGGAGCCGACUCCGGACAGUCUGCCGUCUAUAGCGAUAUCCCUGCCUGUGGAGCGAGAAACGAUAUACCCUACUAUGACUAUACCACGUUACGACAAUUACGCUACAGUAUCUCCCGAUCCGGGAGACUGGACUCUUGCACCUGUUGCGACGCAUCUUACGAUAGAAAACGUGCCUCUUGAUUGGGUAGCCUGUACUCACCCAGAGGGCAGACUGUAUUUCUACCAUCCCCGACGGCGAAUCUACACCGAUUGUGAUGUGCGCGAGUCGAGCACCCUGGCCACUUUAAUCACCUUCGCCAGAAUAAUCGACGAGAUGGUAGCAGAGCAAGGACUUGUCCUUCCCCCGAACUGCGAACUCGUGCUCUUUCUGGAGGAGCGCCGUAUCUCUGGUGGCUACAACUGGAUCUAUUACUUCGUCGACCACAGCUCGCGGUCUUUGUUCUGGGUGCAGGAAUGUCAUCCCAUUGAUGACUUGCUGAUACAUGAGGUGACCGCUCUGAAUGCUCCGUACGACAUAAAGUGUGAGGUUGAAGCGAAGUACUGGCAGCAUCUUGAAAUGUACCCCUAUGGGCACCGCAUUCCUGACGAAGUGUUUACUGAACUGACCGGCAUGUUGCUAUUUGCGAGCAUCGAUGCGAUCACCUCGAUGACGACCACCGUCACCUAUAGUAAAGAUGAGGUUCACCGAAUGCUCGGUCUCGUUAAAUCCGCGAAAGCGGUUCAAGGGACGGAUUACGCAACGGCAGCAGUAGGACGAUUGAUGGGAAUCUGGAUCCAUAACCGCUUCCUCAACUUCCAUGGACAGACGCACGCCCGUCUCGGUCGUGACCAGAGCGUGUACAACAACGUCAAGACCCGUCGUACGCCUCUCAUCAGGAUCCUUGCGCCUUUCUUCUGGAACGCUCCUGAGGUACACCUUCGUGGACUCGAGAAAAUCUGGGUCGAUGGGAUAAUUUCUAUCAUCCCGUGGGGCAGCUUCAUAGGCAAGCUGCAGAACGAGUGGCAGGAAUUUGUGCUCUACUCGACGGUUCUGCUAAACGCGAACGUGGCCUUUCUCGCCAUCCCGAGCGUUGACAGUGGGAACGGUCACGUAACAGCCGCACAAAUCAGCAGCUAUCUGUCCGUUGUAACGAGCGUCGGCAGCAUUCUGCUCGGCCUCUUACUGAUCCGGCAGCAUCGAGUCAAGUCCAAGGAGACUGCGGAGGAAGCCAAUCGGUUCCUCAGCUCCCGUAAGCACGAGAUGCUCGGUCUCGAAACGCUGGCCAUUAUCUACAGCUUGCCGUACGCGCUACUCAUGUGGGGCAUGCUGACGUUCCUCCUCGCCUUCUCGUUUGAGUGCUUCGGCUCGAACGACCGCACCGCCAUCUUCACAACGGCCGCAGUAUGGAUCGCCGUCGCCCUCCUCGUCGGCUGGACGAUCUUCACGGGCUGGGAGAGCGGUGGAGACUCGUCCGUGUGGGAUAUCCUGCACCGGCUGUGGGAUCGUCUGUUCCCUGCGAAGGAGCCGGGAGAGGAGAUAGCCACAGAAGCCGAAGAGGGCAGGACCACCGCUGCAGGGAAUGAGAAGACGAAGCUUGCCCGGUGGUGGGCCCGCCGAGUCCGUCCGCCUCAGGCACUUCCCCAUUCCGGCGACCCGCCCAGUACAGCACCUACGCCGGCAAGCGUGCCAGAGAUCGGGUCGAACGUAUGAUGCUGUGCGAGGUCUACGUUUUAUGCUCAGCUUCGAAUAGAUUGUUAUUGCUGCCAUUUGUAGAGGGGGUUAUUCUCUAAGGUACGCCUGCGAUCGGUGAACCAAGUACCCGUCCUGUAGCGAUAGGCUUAGAGCCUCCUAUUUGCU